AUGUCAGCAAAAGAUCUAGGCAACCCUGAAGUUCUGGCGAAGAUCGACAGACUCCGGGAACUGAAUGUUGGCUCACUUAUCCAGCUACCUCAGCUUGUCGUUGUCGGUGAUCAGUCCUCGGGCAAGAGUUCUGUCCUGGAGAGCCUAACAGGGUUCUCAUUUCCUCGAGCCACAACGCUUUGUACUCGAUACGCUACCCAAAUCACGAGUCGCCGUGACCCCGCCAAGAGUGUCAGAGUCUCCAUAAUCCCUCGGCCUGAUGCAGAUGAUAAGCUGAAGAUGAGGUUGCUCGGGUUCCAACGAGAAUUCACCGAACUGAACAACGAGGAUUUAGUGGAGCUUUUCUACGCUGCCAAUGACACCAUGGGCAUCGCGUCCAAGAGUGAUGAUACCUCCGAAGCAUUCAGCCAAGACAUCCUGAAGAUCGAAAUUAAUGGCCCAGAAGAGAUCCACCUCACCGUUAUAGAUGUGCCGGGCAUCUUCCGAGUAGCCACGCCCGGGAUCACCAAAGAGACCGAUCCUGCUCUAGUAGAGAGCAUGGUGAAGUCAUACAUGAGGAAUAGCAGGACCGUCAUCUUGGCCGUCAUACCUUGUAACAUUGACGCUGCAACCCAAGAAAUCUUGAAGUUUGCUUCUGAAGCCGAUCCAAAAGGCAAUAGAACCAUGGGUGUGCUAACAAAGCCCGACUUGGUCAGUGAGGCCGCAACGAGAGAGACUGUGAUGGACUUGCUACAAGGGAGGCGGAGCAAGUUGAAACUCGGCUACUUUGUUGUGAAGAAUAGAAGUGCGGAUGAUAACACUUCUUCUUUCCAUCAACGAGCUGCUGCAGAGGCAGCAUUCUUUGCAGGAUAUCCUUGGGCUGACGCGACGGGCCGAUGUGGUGUCGCUGCUUUCAGAGAACGACUCCGCCAGCUACUUCUGGAUAUCUCGAACAAGGAAUUCCCUCACCUCAAGGCAGAAGUACAAAACCUCCUGCGAAGUCACAAGUCGGAGCUGCAGAUGAUAGGCUCUCCUCGUGCUGAUGAGGUCUCCCAGAGAAUGCAUCUUGGCAAGCUAGCUACACGUUUCCAGACGAUCGUUCGGGCGGCCUUGAGCGGCAACUAUGCCAGCGACAGGAUAUUUCACAACCGUCCUGAUCUCAAGCUAAUCACAAAGAUAAUGAAGUUGAACGAGACGUUUUCCGACACAUUCUGGCAUCGAGGCCACCAGCAUCAUUUCAGUGCUCAUUGGAGCGGUGAGGGCGACACCAGCUUUGGUCAGGAGUCGGCAUUUCCGCCCUUGGAGGUUGAUAUCUUCAAGUACGAUGAGCUAUGCGAUGUCAUAGAGCCAGAAGUCUACGAAUGUCCCAAGCCAUCACCUGGCACUAUCAGGAACAUGAUCCAGGAUGUCUAUGAAUCCAGUCGUGGCCCCGAGCUGGGAACUUACGGGGGGACGAUGCUUUGGACUGUAUUUGAGCAACAGUCGGAGAAAUGGGUGCCACUUGCGUUGUCGCAUAUUGGCCACAUCAUUUCGCUCCUGCACGACUUCAUCUCGUGCCUUCUUGACGAAAUAUGUCAAGAGAAACAAAUUAAAACUCAGAUAUGGGAAGAGCUCCUUGCAGAAAAGCUGAUCGACGCCUACCGAAAAGCUAUGGAACAAACCAGAUUCCUUCUCGAGCUUGAACGCGGUACUAUGCCCAGUACGCUCAACCACUACUUCAACGCCACACUCCAGAGGAAGCGCGCAGAGCGAAUCUCGCAUGAGUUAGAGGACAAACAAGUCUCCUUCAAUGGAAAAGGAGCAUAUAUUCCGGUUGACGCAGUCAAGAAGUGCGCAGCUGAUAAGGGUAAUGGGCAGCAUGUUUGCGAUGACUUGCUAGACAGCCUGGCCGCGUAUUACAAGGUCUCUCGGAAACGAUUUGUUGAUGUGCUGGAUCAGCAAGUAGUGUCACAUCUGCUUCUUAGUGGAGAGGGAAGUGCACUGCAAAUCUUUGGACCUGAGAUGGUAAUGGGUCUCGAUUGCAAUCAGCUACAGAGCAUUGCGAAGGAAGACGAGGAAUCUCGAAAACGGCGGCACCUUCUUGAGCGAGAAGUCGAAAGAUUAGAGGCAGCUCUGGUAGUUAUCAGAAGCUGA